AUGUCCAAUUUACCGCCAGAUGAAAAAGUUAUUCUAUUUGAUAAAUCCAAACAUGUGCAAUAUAUAGUGGAACAGGAAUCGCAUCGAUCCUUUGAAUAUUGGUUGAGUGAGCAUUUACGAAUGAAUGGAUUAUACUGGGGGGUGACUGCCUUGAUCACAAUGAAUGAACUAUCAGCAUUGGCCCAACAAGAUGUGAUUGAUUAUAUUAUGUUAUGUUGGGAUGAUAAAACAGGUGCAUUUGGAUCAUUUCCAAAACAUGAUGGUCAUAUAUUGUCAACAUUGUCAGCAUUACAAGUGUUAAAGAUUUACGAUCAAGAAUUAACUGUGUUAAACAACAACAAUGAAUCUUUGAAUGGCAACAAACGUGAAAGAUUGAUAAAAUUUAUUACUGGGUUACAAUUGCCUGAUGGUAGUUUCCAAGGAGAUAAGUAUGGUGAAGUAGACACUAGAUUUGUCUAUACUGCAGUCUCAUCCUUGUCGUUAUUGAAUGCGUUAACAGACUCCAUUGCUGAUACAGCAAGUGCAUUCAUUAUGCAAUGUUUUAACUUUGAUGGUGGGUUUGGAUUGAUUCCCGGGUCCGAGAGUCAUGCUGCACAAGUGUUCACGUGUGUGGGGGCAUUGGCCAUCAUGAAUAAGUUGGAUUUACUAGAUGUGGAAAAUAAGAAGGUCAAGUUAAUUGAUUGGUUAACUGAACGACAAGUGUUACCUAGUGGAGGGUUUAAUGGGCGUCCAGAGAAAUUGCCCGACGUAUGCUAUAGUUGGUGGGUGUUGUCCUCAUUGUCAAUUCUAAAACGCAAGAAUUGGGUUGAUUUGAAGAUUUUAGAGAAUUUCAUAUUGACUUGUCAGGAUUUGGAGAACGGCGGAUUCAGUGACCGCCCUGGUAAUCAAACAGAUGUAUAUCAUACAUGUUUUGCCAUUGCUGGGCUAAGUUUAAUUGAUUACAAGAAAUACGGAUUUAAAGAGAUUGAUCCUGUUUAUUGUAUGCCUGUGGAAGUGACAUCUAAAUUUGUACGUAGGCUGGCUUGA